AACUUCACGUUUCACUGAGUGCGUCGGCAGAUCUGCGCGAGACCGUGGAUUCCAAACGCGUCACGGCUGUUGAAAGAGCAGAAGAGAGAGAGAAAUAGCUGAUCUCCAUUCCACACUCUCAUUCAUCUCUUGCUAUUGGUCUCUACUACUACUAACAAUCUAUACACCCAAAUUAAAAAAAAAAAACACUCAUAAGGGAAAGACAGAGGAGGAUCAAUGGCGUUGAAUCAAGCAGGAUGUAAUCCGAAGGUGUUGAAAGCAGUAUUGGGUUUAAUGGCAAUAAGCUUAGCAGCCUAUAUUUUAGGUCCACCUUUGUAUUGGCACUUAAUGGAAGGCAUAGCUGCUGCUUCUUCUUCAGUUACCACUUGCCCUCCUUGUAAUUGUGAUUGCAAUUCUGAACCCUUCUUUUUCAUUCCUGCAGGUUUGAGCAAUGCUUCUUUGACAGAUUGUGCCAAGCGUGAUCCAGAUGUUGGUGAAGACACAGAAAAGAACUUUGCUGACUUGUUGUCUGAAGAACUUAAAUUGCGAGAAGCUGAGGCCUUGGAAAAUCAGCGGAAGGCUGACAUGGCACUUCUUGAAGCAAAAAAGUUGACAUCCCAAUAUAUGAAAGAGGCAGACAAGUGCAAUUCUGGAAUGGAGACAUGUGAAGAGGCAAGGGAAAAAGCUGAGGUAGCUUUACUGGCACAAAAGAAACUGACUGCUACAUGGGAGAUGAGAGCACGUCAAAAGGGAUGGAAAGAAGGGGCAGCCAAGUCUCACACUCAGUCUCAGGGAAAUGUACAGACAAUGUAACAUCGCCAUGGCCUCAAGUAGCAUAUCUCCACUUGAUCUGGUGCCAGGUUCUGGCGGCAACAAAGUUGUCUAUAGUUAAGUCUCAACUCAAUGUAUUUUCAUACUAAUGGAUUCCAUCUGUUUUGAAUCAUACACCCUUAGUUUAGAGGCCACUAUUAUUUCUAUCUCUAUUUCUAUAUAUCUAGUCAUCUGAAACAGAUUGCCAUUGCACUGCAAGGCAAAAGCCUUUCUAUUUAUCCUGCUGAGUUAAAACUCCACUAGUAAAUUUUUGAGUGUAGAUUGACAUCAACUGCCAUACAAAAUUUUCAUAUGUAAGAGUGUCAUUUAUCAUUCUUCUA